AUGAGUCAGAUAACUGACAACUCGGAUGAUAAAACUGUGAGGCCUAAAGUGUCUGUACGACACCGAGGCGACCAAAUCAGUCAGUCAGGUCCCAGUAGAUCCGAUGCUGGCCCUCCGGCCCCGGGCCCCGGCUACGUUCAGGUGGGCCGGCGGCCCUCCUGCCACGGAUCCGGCGGAGACAGGGGAAACGGCGCCCCCCGGAGGCCCAGAGGGGUCACGCUCAGGAGCAGGGAGCCCACGCAAACCCAAACUUUUGACAGAGACGAUGGGCUGGAUGCCGGGGCCCCGGAGGAGGCGCCAUCGGAGCCAUUUCGGGAGGGAGGAGACCGCAGGGGCGUGGCCACUGGGAGGGCGGAGGGUGCUGUCCGGGUAACAGAGCCAGAGAGGAUUGAGAUUGUACCAUCCGACCGAAAUCUUGUCACCAAGGAAACUCGACCAGGCACGUGUGGAGAGUUGCAGACGAAGGGAGAAGGACAAGUAUCCCUUGCAAAGGAUGAAGAGACCGGCUCUCGUGAGGACGUUGUCACAGCAACAGAGCAGAAUAAGAACAGGGCCAUGGAGGCUGGCUCUCUGGACUGUGACCCAAAACAGGAGGCCAAACUUGUUCCGGGUCUCUCUCAGAGUGAGCCGGUCCCAUCCAGGCCUCUGGAGAUGAUCCAGUCCAAACCGGGAGGGCUUGGGGAAGUCUGUGAGGCAAGCAGAAGUAUCGAAAGACAAACAGGCACUGCAAGGGGCACCUCAGCUGGCAGGAAGGCCUUAACCACAGGUGGCCUAGGGGGAAAUCCAGAGGCACAGCUGCAGGUCAUUGAUGACUGUCCCCCUUUGCCUGCUCCCUUUGAGCACCGAAUCGUUAGCGCAAAGCUGGUGCCCAUGAGCACUUAUUACACCAUCAAGCCUGAUGAAGUGCUGGGAGGUGGGCGCUUUGGCCAUGUCCACAAGUGUACUGAGCGAACGUCGGGGCUGACUCUGGCAGCAAAGGUGAUUAAAGUGAAGGGGAUGAAGGACAGGGAUGAAGUCAAGAACGAGAUCUGCGUCAUGAACCAAUUAGACCACGUCAACCUGAUCCAGCUCUAUGAUGCCUUUGAGUCACGUACUAAUCUGACACUUGUUAUGGAGUAUGUGGAAGGCGGUGAGCUGUUUGACCGGAUUGUUGAUGAGAAUUACCAGCUGACAGAACUGGACACCAUUGUGUUCAUGCAACAGAUCUGUGAGGGCAUGUAUUACCUCCACCAGCAGUACAUUCUCCACCUAGACCUCAAGCCAGAAAAUAUCCUGUGUGUAAGCACUACUGGCAACCAGAUCAAGAUAAUUGACUUUGGACUGGCUAGAAAGUACCGGCCACGAGAGAAGCUGAAAGUGAACUUUGGGACCCCAGAAUUUCUGGCUCCUGAAGUGGUCAACUAUGAGUUUGUUUCAUUCCCGACAGACAUGUGGAGUGUAGGAGUUAUUACAUACAUGCUUCUUAGCGGUUUGUCCCCUUUCCUUGGGGACAAUGAUACUGAAACGAUGAAUAAUAUCCUGCACUCCAACUGGGACUUUGAUGCAGAAGCCUUUGAGAAUGUCUCUGAGGAAGCCAAAGACUUUGUCUCCAGGCUAUUGAUCCCUGAGAAAUGCAGCCGCCUCAGUGCAUGGGGCUGCCUGAAGCACCGCUGGCUCAGUCACCUGGAAGAGAGGGCCAAGAUGCUGCGGGUCCAGCUGAAGUCUCAGCUCCGUCUGCAGCGCUAUCUGGCCGCUCACAGGCAGUGGAAGAAACACUUUCACGCAGUCGCUGCGGCAAACCGGCUGAGGAGGCUCUGGGAGAGGCGUUCGACUACCCAGGCAGACCAAGGAGGAGAGCCGGGAGAGAACGGAAACAGAUAACUGCGACGCUAAUGGCACCCCCGCAGUGUCACUAUGGCAACGCAUACCUUUUCUAGAGACCGUGCUUAAAAUUCACAUCAGCAUUGAAGAAUAAAAUAAUGUAUACAUAGCACUUUACUGCCCUACACAGUAUCAUGCCGUUUUGUUAUGCAGAUUUGUUACAGGUGUUGUGUAGAAUGCUGGCGUAUAGGCUUUGGUGCUUAAUUUAUUUUUUCAAGAGAUUCUAAAUAUAUACUAAAUCUUAAUUGUGCAUACAUUAGUAUUUUAAUGGGGACACGUGAACACACGUUGUCUACAGUGAAGUACCUGCAUCAAGUACUCAUAUUUUUCUCCAGGAGAAGGAAUACAUCAGCUCUUUAGAUACAUUAAGUUUGUUACAACUUAUAACUGAAUGAAUACAACAAAAAAAAACUUAAUUGGAGACAUUGUACCACAAUAUCAGGUA